UCAGUGAAUAUAUUUUUUGUGCUAUUUUCCCAAAGCGAAACACUUAUAAUAACAACAAACAACAUAAGCAACAACGGCAAUAUGUUGCUGGUAGUGAAAUCAACAUAAUUGCACAUAAAGCGAACGUAAGCCACAAAAACUGCCAAUUUUACUGCAAAAGAGUACGAAAAAAAUAAAAAAAUUACAACGGAAAAUUUUUGAAAUUUGAAAAUAUUUAUACACACUGAAUUGUUGCAAAUCACGUAAAAGUUUAACCGCAAAAGGAUAUUCUCACACGCAACUGAACCAGUUCAAGUAACACCAAAAAUCGCUAUAUGUUGUAAAAAAGAUACAAAAAUUCUUAGCAACGACGAUAACAAAAAUACACGCCGCAACAAAAUUAAAAACAACAAAUUGCGGCCGCAGUAGCAGCCGCUCAUUUGACCAUAAUAAUGGUUAUGUUGCUGCGUUAUCGGCAAUUUUUGAAAACAAAAAGUUUAACAGGUCCAGCAACAAUAUCUGCGAACUACAGAACAGCACCCACAUUUAUAAUUUUUCUGCUAUUAUCAUGUGUUGGCGGCGGUAGCAGUGGUUCCCAUGCACAUACCAGUAAAAACGCCUUCAGCAUGAGUGGCAAUAGUGGCGGUAGCAGUGGCAGGAUGAGUAGAGCUACUCUGAACAACAUAAAUAGUCAAAAGUACAAUAACAUAAAUAUACGCACAGCAGCUUUGACAUUAGCUGCCAGCAAUGAAGUAGCAAUUUAUCCAAACGACUCAAAUCGUAAUAUGGGUAACCUAUAUACAUCCGCCGCUCUAACAGCAUCAUCAUCAUUAUCAUUAACAUCGGCAGGAACAUCAGGUGCAGCUGUAGCAGCAUCACUAACAUCUGCAUCGGUGCCUUCAUUAUCGCUAACGGGCAGUUCUGCAUUAAAUGGCGCUUCAUCCUCCUCGUCAUCCGCAUCCGCUUCAGCUUCCGCAACAUCAAAUUCUGCGUCAAGUAGCACACGUAACAGUCGUCAAAAUAGCAACUACAAUAAUAAUAACAACAAUCAAAUUGAUCAAUUACCCCCGCAGCUGUCCUCGCGUAUAAUACACACACGCAAUGGCGCCAUAUCGGGCGUAAUUGUGCAAUUAGAUGGACGUCAUUUAGAUCCGGUUGAAGCAUAUCGUGGCAUACCGUAUGCAUCGCCACCUGUCGGCAACUUAAGAUUUAUGCCGCCUGUCUCAGCAGCAAUGUGGUCGGGCGUUAAAAAGGCGGAUAGAUUUAGUCCCGUUUGCCCACAGCGUCUUCCUGACAUCGCCAAUGAAACCGCGGCCUUGGAGCGUAUGCCUAAAGGACGUUUGGAGUAUUUAAAACGUUUACUGCCAUAUCUACAAAAUCAAUCAGAAGAUUGCCUCUACUUGAAUAUAUAUGUGCCCAUUCAAGAUAUUGCACACAUAGUUGUACAAAUGUUGGGUGAGCAUGAAAAGGGUCACUGA